ACCACCCAUCCACCAUGUCCAGAUCUUUCUACGUCGACUCUUUAAUCAUCAAGGACACGGUGAGACCCGGGCCCACGGAGCACCACCCGGGUCAGGACUUCCUUAUACCCCUCAGCAUGCACUCACCCAGCGUUAUGACGGUCACGGCACCGGUGUGUCCGUCCAGGAAGAGCGGGACGUUCUGCGUCUGCCCCUUGUGCGUCACGUCCCACAUCCACUCAUCCCGCAGCGGCAUUCCAAUCUUGAAAGGCCAGUUCCCUGGAGCCGACGCGCAAUACUGUCCGAGGAUAGCGCACCAAUCUGCGGCACUUGCUCACCCCGGGCACACACCUGUUGGCACACCAACGUUCAGCGUCACGGACCCUCGGAGGUACCACUGUCUCUCAAUAGGCGCGUCUGAGAGCGCUCACAUCCAGAACGGCAAGCGAAUGCGCACCGCUUUCACCAGCACGCAACUUUUAGAACUGGAAAGGGAGUUUUCCACAAACAUGUACCUUUCGAGACUUAGACGAAUCGAGAUUGCUACGUACUUGAACCUGUCGGAGAAGCAGGUGAAGAUCUGGUUCCAGAACCGAAGAGUGAAGCACAAGAAAGAAGGCAAAGCCACGCAGAGGAGCGCGCACAGUGGCUGCAAGUGCACUGGCGCGCACACGGACUAUCCACGAUCAGAGGACGAGGAGUCUCUGUCUCCAGCGUCUGCCUCUGAGGAGAAAGAGGUAACCCUCAUAUGAGCGUGUCCCAUGCACCUGUUUACCCCAAAACCUGUGGAUUUUUCUGCAUGAGAAGACAAGUCGUCUGCGACGCUCCUCGCAUCGUUCAAUGGAAUUACUGUGAAUGCGCCCAAAUGAAACUGGUGUUGAGACUCUCUCCAUGUUUUCUCUGCAAGUUAAAAUGUAUCUUCCCAGUUUUUUCUCCGGUUAUACGGCCAAUUUGUGAAAUGAAGUCCGCCAUGCAAAAGUAUUUGUAUAUUCUGUAUUUA